UGAUAUGAAUGUGAGAGUUAGAGAAAGUGUAUGCGUGUGUUAGAAUUAAAAAAACAAACAAGUAUGAACAAACAAACGUCAGAAGUUAGAACGAUGACGGUGCAUCGAAAAAUUUUCGCAAAUAAGAAAAAAAAUAAGAAGGAGACGAUGCUAAAAUCGAUAUUUUGUUUAUUUUUGCUUUACAGAUACGCCAUCACCACCACUACCACCACCAUCAUUAGCAACAACGACAAUGACAACAACAACUGAAAUAAUAUCGGCCUACAAUUCGUCCAAUUGGACGGUACCAACUUUACCAUCGACUUCGCGUGUUGCAAUGUACACGAGAUGUCUUCGUUCGAUGACUAUGACAGAUGACCAUGAACGUACGGGACUAUGGGGUUCGCGGAAAUACAUUUGCAAUGAUUGUCAAAGAACUUUCGCGUUAAAGGCAUCAUUGGUAAGGCACAAGAUGUUCGAGUGUAACAACAAACAACAGAACAAUCGUCAUGGAACAACAAACAAUCAGAAAACUAACACCAAUAAUCCAAAUUCUAAAACUACAUUGGCUGCUGGUGUAUCCACCAACUCAAUUACUAUGUCGUCAUCUUCCUCAUCUUCUUCUUCUUCUUCAUUGUCGAAUAAAACAACAAUUAUUCCUACUACCAAUAGUAUGGCUAGUAUCAUCGUUGAAAGAAAAAGAUCAACGAGUAGGCACAUUUGUCCUAAUUGUCGUAAAUCUUACGCAUUUUUCACUUCACUUUGGAGGCAUCAACAUUACGAAUGCGGAAUAGAACCGCAAUUUAGUUGUCCAAUUUGUAAAUCCAAAUUUGCACAGAAAAGUAAUUUGGAUCGUCACGUAAGAACCAAACAUUAGGGGAUUAAAAUUCAUUGCUUCAUUCUUCUUGACUUUUUUUUUUAGUAUUAUUAUCGUUUAGUUUUAUUUCGUUAAUGUCGUUCUGGUUUAUUCGGUUUUCGAUAUUUCAUUAUUAUGAUAUAGAAAUUUAUUUGACAUUCUUAUUUUAUUAAUUAUGAUUUUAUACACAAUUCGUUUGUUAUCUAAUUCGUUAGGAUUUCCGUGUUAAGUUUUGCCAUUGUUAAAUUCGAUUGUCGUCCAAUUUUGUUUAGAUAGAUUGUAGGAAAUUAUGCCUUAUAAUUUUGAUUUUUAUUCUAAGGUAUUAUUUUUUAUUAUUAUUAUUUAAUCCUUCGUGCUUUUUAGGUUUUUUCUUUUUUCUUUUACAAUCGCGAUUAGGAUUGCAAUUAUUCGAUGGUUCUCUUGUUUGUUAAUAAUUAAGUAAAUAAUUCUACUUACAAUCAUUGUUUUUAUUCUAUGACAAUAUUAAUUCUUUUAUUGUUUGUUUCAUUCGUUAAGAUUUUUACAUUUUAUUAGGAUAUCAAAGUCAAGGUUUCAAGUCAGGAGUCAAGGUUUUUUUUUUUUUAUUAGAAUGCAAUCGUGUAAAAAUCAACGAAGAGGAACAUAUAAAUAUUUACAAAUAUACAUAUAGAAAUUGCACUUAAUUUGAAAUAUUCGGUUACAAUACUACGUUCACUCUUACAUUUUGAUAAGAUAAAUUAGGUCCUUUUAAUCAUGUCACACUCGAUAAUCUCUUAGAUAUGAUUUCUUUCUGAUAUAGGAAAAGAAACAAAGAAAAAAAAAAUUAAAAAAAAAAACAUUUUCAAAUAUGUGUAUUAUAUUUAAUAUAGUCAAUGUACGGAAGUGCGUGUAUGCGUGAAUCUUUAGCUAGAAAAUAUUAUAAUGAAAUUAGAUUUUUCCUAUAGCAAUAUUCUAGUUGAUUGUUUUGUUUGAUUUAUUAGAAAAAUAAACAAAAAUAAGAAAAGCCCCAGACACCAGACGUGGUGUUUGAACGAGUGAAAAUUAACGGGAAAUAUCUAGAAUAAAUAUUUCUUCUGUUAAAUAUAUAUAUAUAUAUAUAUAUAU